GAUUUCACACAGAUUUAUCUGGGGGUUAUAGUCACCUUAAUACGCUACUCAUUUUUUUGAGAAGAAUAGCUUUACAAAAGAAGUGUGAGAACAACGCAUAAUUCUCUGUCUACUAUGGUAGCGUGGCCGAGCGGUCUAAGGCGCUGGAUUAAGGCUCCAGUCUCUUCGGAGGCGUGGGUUCAAAUCCCACCGCUGCCAUUACUUUUUUUGCAAUUACAUGAAAAAUUAACCCAGGAAUACGUAUAUAUAACAGCGUGCUUCGAAAGUCAACAUUUUGGGGUGUUAAAGAAAGGAGCUAACACAGAGACGUGGUCCCGGGCGACAACAUUUCAGUAACAGCCAACGCGACUAUCUAGUACUAGUACGUUUCGCUUUUCGUACUUUUUGAACCAGCGGGUCACCCGUCAGAAGAACCAAAGUGACGCGGUAGUCUGCAGCCAGAUAAUUUCUAAAUAGUGGUGUAGGUAAAUCUAAAUUGCCAUUAAGUUGUCUUGCUGACUCAAACUAAUUUGAAACGUCGCAACAAAUGAAGAGCUAGGCACAUUUGCCACCUAGAAGCGAUGAAGCCCCCUGCCCGUUCCACUAGGUCUACGAAGUCCGUAGUUGAGUUUCUGGAAAGCAAACCAGACCUCAAGACAAAGUCAAACAGAGAUUCACAUUUCAAGGAAAAAUGGACAUCCAGAGAACUUCGAAAAAUUGCAGUAGGAGUCCGCCAACAAUUCAAAUCUCGUCUCGAUGACAUAGACACGCAUGCUCUCCAGACCCGGGUGCCUAAACGGUCAAUUCAGGAGGUCGAAUCGUUGUUGGAGCCUCUGAAGUUAACCGUUGCUAGAAAAGUGUUCCAUCAAGCGAAGAAACAGCUAAAGAACGAACGUGAACAGAGAGUUCCUAUCCAGGUAUGGACUGAGCUGAUGGAGAGAAUGGCCGGAAAUCAUGAAGAAAACAUUUCUUCUGCGUUCACCCGGAUGCUGGUAGUAGCUGGCACAGAACCCUGCAGUCUCCAGCACUCCGACCCUCCCCGUUCCCUAGAAAGCCCAGCAUCAGCCUUAACUAGUGUACGGACAAUUUCAGAGUUUUCCACCAGUGGUACUGUUAACAGCUUGAAAUCUGGGGCCCAGAUGUGUUCCACUGGGGAUGCACAACCGCUUUCAGGAAUGGGAUGUGUGUCAAAUCCCAAUAUUUCUUGCCCGGACAACAAUAACAGUCCACUCUCCAAGCCCUCUUUUAGCUCCAGCACGUCUGCGGCAGCAGUAGUCUCAGAAACUUUCACCAGUGCAACACCUUCGCCCUCUGUUGCACAGCAUACCCAGACUCCUGAAAUGAUGGCACUUGCCCAAUCAGUGGGUAGACAGACCAGCUCAUCACCUGUAGGUGUGUCGUCGCCGCCGCCACCGCCACCGUCGCCGUCGUCCCUGCACAGCCAAAGGGCAGUGGAUGAUCAGGGGGGUACAUCCAGCCAAGGCAACCCUUCUCAAUCUGGCGCACUGGAGAACACAGUGGACUUUGAAAAGAUUUACACCUAUCUCAGCUCAGUCAGGAAGGGUGGCCACGAGCGCCACCUCACGCCAAUGGAGUGUGCCGUGGUUGUGGACCUUAUCAUGUCGCUCCCUGAGGAGCUCCCUCUGCUGGACUGUGAUAAUCUGCAGGAACACUUUUUGCAAAUGUACACCCGACUAACCACUCCAUUCAACCCGCCACUAACGAGCCUCGCUGCUGAACCGACCAACUUGGGUGGGGAAACAUCAAGCAUCACUGCUGAACCAACCAACUUGGGUGGGGAAACAUCGUCACGCCUCGCUGCUGAACCAACCAACUUGGGUGGGGAAACAUCAUCACUCCCUCGUGCUGAACCGACCAACUUGGCUGGGGAAACAUCAUCAUCACGCAUCGCUGCUGAACCGUCCAACUUGGGUGGGGAAACAUCAUCAUCACGCAUCGCUGCUGAACCGUCCAACUUGGCUGGGGAAACAUCAUCAUCACGCAUCGCUGCUGAACCGUCCAACUUGGGUGGGGAAACAUCAUCAUCACGCAUCGCUGCUGAACCGUCCAACUUGGGUGGGGAAACAUCAUCAUCACGCAUCGCUGCUGAACCGUCCAACUUGGGUGGGGAAACAUCAUCAUCACGCAUCGCUGCUGAACCGACCAACUUGGGUGGGGAAACAUCAAGCAUCGCUGCUGAACCGUCCAAUUUGGGUGGGGAAACAGCAUCAUCACACAUCGCUGCUGAACCGACCAACUUGGGUGGGGAAACAUCAUCACACAUCGCUGCUGAACCGACCAACUUGGGUGGGGAAGCAUCAUCAUCACGCAUCGCUGCUGAACCGACCAACUUGGGUGGGGAAGCAUCAGCAUCCGGCAUUCAGACCAAGGAGUCCACUACGGUGCCUCAGGCCCCCCAAGUUAAAGAGAGCUGGGAGAAUAUAGGCAUUUGUCCUCUAAAUCCUUUAAUGGUGCCCAUAUCCCUCUUAGCACGAAAACAGGACACAAGUUAAUAAGUUAAUAAUGUCACCUUAAUUCACUAAGAGUUGUUGAGGUGGCGUUGUUUAAUUCAUGGACAGUUCAGUUUGUUUUGGUGUUUUGUUAAUAAUAAAACACGUUUUAAAGGCA